AUGUUUAUUUUCAAUGCGGGGGUGCUAAGCCCAUUGAAGUCUAAGGCUGUUCCUGGAGCGACUUGGACUGCAAAGGGGACAAACCAGCAUGUUCAAGCCCAUGGAGGAGAAAUCACCAAAGUUGGCUCAACGUACUAUUGGAUUGGGGAGAACAAGCUUUCUGGGAGCGCAUUCCAAUCGAUCAACUGCUAUUCCAGUACCGAUCUUGUUCAGUGGACCUUUGUGAACGAACUCCUCACAUUGCAACCGGAUGGGGAUCUUGGGCCAAACCGUGUUGUCGAAAGACCACACAUUAUCUACAACUCUCAAACAUCAACAUAUGUCAUGUGGAUGCAUAUUGAUUCUAGCGAUUACCAAGAAGCCAAAGCUGGAGUUGCUACUUCAGCAACAAUUUGUGGCGAUUAUUCGUAUCUAGGCUCUUCUCGGCCGCUUGGUUUUGAAUCAAGAGAUAUCGGCCUUUUCAAAGUGGCUAUCUCCUUUCUGAAGACGCAUCGAUCUAAUGGCCUUCGAAUUGAUAAGCUAUCUCCAGAUUACCUAACCGUGGAAUCCACAGUCCAUAUCCUUGAUGAUUAUGAAUCGCCCGCCAUGUACAAGUCUAAUGGCAUUUAUUUCAUGUUUGGUUCAAGCAUGACUGGAUGGAACGCGAAUGACAACGUCUACAGCACCGCCACCAGUCUCAGUGGCCCGUGGUCAGGAUGGAAUAAGUUCGCAGCCCCUGGUUCUAAUACGUAUUACUCUCAAACUACCGCUGUGGUUUCUAUUAAUGGGGUUCUUAUGUACAUGGGCGAUCGCUGGGAACCUAACAACCUUAUGUCAUCAACUUACAUCUGGCUACCAUUGACAAUCUCAGGCACUACUGCCACAAUGGACAACAGGAAUAGUUGGAUAAUCAACCCCUCUGCUGGAACCUGGUCACCAGCUCCCGCGGAAACAGUUACAGAAGCCGAAGCCAAAACGAACACCCUCACAGGGUCCGCUAUAAUCGUAUCAUGCUCAGGAUGCUCCGGUUACCAAGCCGUUGGGUGGCUUGGCGGCUCCGGAAACGGUGCCCUAAAAUUCCCUAGUAUUGCCAGUUCGGCUUCUACCACUACGACGAUUCGGAUCCAGCAAGAGAAUGGGGACACGGAGCAGAGAUACGGGAAUGUGACGGUCAAUGGUGUCUCGAACAUCGUCGCUUUUUUGCCAUCUCGGAAUGGGAAUACUCCGGGGACUUCGGUCUUGACUGUUCCGCUCAAGAAAGGCUCGGCAAAUGUAAUCAAGUUUGAGGCGUAUAACGGUGGAUAUGUUGCCGAUAUCGAUCAAUUGAUACUGCCCAGUUCUUAAGGUAGGGCGCCCGCCG